AUGAUCCCGCUACACUAUCGAUGGGGACACGCCAUCAAUUCCCGUGCCUUGCUUGCCACAGUGCAAGAGGAGAUUCAAUGUGCCGAAAAGCAGCAGUUUGCGACGUCAAAUGUCGUGAAUGCAAUUGAGGCCGAUGUCAUUUGGGACAAGGAGCAGCAGACUCCGGUCAUGGGUCACCCACCUGCUAUGAACGGAGACUUGACAUUUGUCGACUUUUUACAGACCAUGUUGGACAUUGCGGGCUCGAUGACGAGCCACGACGAUACGCCAUUCAUUGUGAAAUGCGACUUUAAAAGCCAGCAGGCAUUCGAGGCCUCAUUGGACUUGCUGGCAACGUUUGUUGCGCAGUAUCCAUUUACUCGCAGUGUCUUUGUCAAUGCUGACAUCUUGCCAGGACCUGAGAGUUUGGGCGACGUGGCGUUUGAUGCUGCAACGUUUUUGAAACACUUUGAUGAUCUUGGCGCCAUUGACAAUGGAAAACAUCGUCACAAACUUGUGCUUUCAGUUGGCUGGACCACCGUGAAUGGCAAGGACCAAGACGUGUAUGAUAAUAAGUACUCGCACGACAUGGUUGACGCUAUGCUGCGUCAAUUGCAGCCAUAUGGAGACCGAUUUGUCGUGACGUUUCCACUACGCGCGACAAGUGUGCGGCAUUCGUGGCCAGCAUUGCGCCAGCUGCUGGAGCAACCAAAUUACGGAUUCACUCUUUGGUGGGCGCUCACGCAGAUGUCGGAUGCUGACCUCGAGUGGAUGUACAAAACGUUGGAGCUCGAUAUCCACGAGGAAGAGCCUACAGCCACUCGCCAAUCCUACGCUGGUCGAACGUUCUACGAUAUCAAGGGCUUCAGCCGGUUCUUGGCAAGGCGUAAAUGA